UUUACCCAUAAGAUGGAUAUUCUCCUUCGCCUGCAUUAUUAGAGAAAGUCUGCCCUAUAAGCAUUGCUUUUACAGCAGAACGCAAUGGAUCAUGAAGGCGCCAUACAGCAGCACACCGAGUGCCUACAGGUUCCACAAAAUGUCCAGUAUGAGUUCCACAGCCAAGUCUCGGAAGCCAUUUAUUGUCCUAAGAGAGUUUAUGACUGGCCGGCACAAGGUGGCCUCUGGAUUCAUAGGUGUUUUUCUAGACAAUGACCAGACACAUGGUCGUAUCAUGGACCUGUCUUCACGUCCCGAAGUAUUGGUGAGGAGAAACGUGGUACGGCUCCUCAGCCGGAGAGAGUCAGCCUUUUUGUAUGGGAUUGGAUCACCUCAACGGCGGCUUCAUCUACUGGCCAACGAGAAGCUAUUUCUUGCAGUGUGUGCAUUGCAGAUUAGCGAUGUUGUCCGAGUGCGUUACCGGGGCUAUGCCGCAGUGGGUGUAGCCACUGGCAUCUGGGAACUUUCUGAAAAAUCAGGACUGUGUGAUCUUACAAAGUUACUGGUUGAAAUUGAAUUACUGGAAGGAGAGUUCAACGAUAAUGCCACGCCAUUGAUAAAGAUUGAUGCAGGCGAUGUUCUGGCUGUAAGUUCUAGCAUACAGCGCUAUCCACAGUACAGGGGAAACGGACCCAGGUCGGAAGAAGAAGAUAUGUAUAGUGUCUUGGAAGACUUAAAGGACCAUCCACCUGUGCAUGAAUCCGAUGUUCAGGAGAAGAUGGUUGGACAGAGAAAAGGCAUUCAAGGCCACUACAAUUCUUGCUAUUUAGAUACCACCCUUUUCAGCCUGUUUGCGUUUUCUUCUGCCUUGGAUCACCUCUUACGCUCUCCUGAUGUUUGUGAUGCCAAAGUACAGCGAAUCUUGCGGCAAGAUAUUGUGAAUCCACUGAGAAGGAGCGGAUUUGUACAUGCUGAGAAUGUCAUGAAGCUCAGAAAACUACUUCGAUGUGACACCUUUGUUACGGAGGAGAAAGACCCUGAAGAGUUUCUAAGUGCCUUAUUACAUGAGGUUCUAGCAGUGGAGCCACUUCUUAAAAUCAGAUGUAAUAACAAGACCCAGGAAUGCAACAGCUAUCAAAUAAUUGUGGAAAGAGAUGGAACCCUAAAGGUUCCCAGUGUCCAGACCCUUAUGGAUAGGUCAUUCCGAUUCUAUGAGAACCUAACAUUUGACCAGGUUCCAAGUUGCCUCAUCCUUCAGAUGCCAAGAUUUGGCAAGAAGUUUAAAAUGUUUCCAUAUAUAUUUCCUUCCCUGGAACUGGACAUCAAUCACAUGCUGCACAAAAGAAGCAUGGUGUGCUGUCUAUGUCUGAGUUCUGCCGAGUAUGAAUGUACCCAGUGCCUUGCCGAUCCUUUAACCACGGAUGGGAAUGUCCGCCAGUUCUGCCAGCUUUGUGAGAAGCAGGUUCAUUCAAGCAGUCAGAUGAAGGAUCACAAACCUACAAGACUUGAAACGCAAACUAAUGUUUCUAACCAAAAACAGAAACUUGAAUUGUUGGCCGUUCUCUGCAUAAAGACCAGUCACUUCGUCUCAUUUGUUAAAUAUGGACCAGGCAAAAAUUCUUGGGUCUUCUUUGACAGUAUGGCGGGAAGAAUAGGUAAUGAAAUUGGCACAAAUGUCCCAGUGGUACGAGCCUGCCCACAACUGGGAGACUACCUGUCAAUGUCUGAGGAGGAAUUCAGUGCUGUGGACUUCACAAAGAUGGACGCCCUACCUAAAAGAUUCUUCUCCGACAUCUACAUGUGCAUCUACCAGUGCCCAGAUCGCAGCAUGCAAACUGGCUGACCUACAGAUCCUAGUAAACGAUGACAAUCUUGUGUUACUCAUGCUUCCCCAUACACAGGUUUAAAGAUGGUAGACCUAAAAGCAUUUCUGACAGUUGACAACUAACACCGAACGAGAUGAAUCCAGUAUCGGGCCUAUUCUGGAAUCCUUCUGAUGUUUUCAGGGGCCAUUACUACAGGCUUUCUACACUGCUCUAGACUUUCAAAAGAUGUCUUCUGUGUUACACCUUUCCCUCAUCAACAGAUAUUUGUUCUUGAUGGACAAGGUAUCUCUGCUAUAAUAACGUGUAAAAAAUUUCAAAAGUGUGAAAGACACAAAAGACACCAAAUCUAUCUAGAAAUCCAAACAUUUGGAAGUUUUCUUUUCCUUUUUUAUAUGUCUAUAUUUAUGAACAAUGUGCGGUGGUCAGGUAUAUGAGUCCUUGAGGUGCAUGCAUACCACGCAUCAUGUACAAUAAAAUUACUUGUAUGGCAGCCAUUAGCAUAUUUUAUGUAAGUAUUUUAGGACUAACUCUAUGGGAAAGGAUUCUGAGGCCUUUUCAUCCAUAAUCUACCACAAGUGGAUGUAGAAUUCUGCCUUCUGCCAGCCAAACAUUAAACUGGUGCAUCAGCCAUCACAAUAAAUUAGAAUGUCAUUGAAAAGUUCAUUUAUUUCAGUAAGUCCUCAUUCACCUCUCCAUUAGGAGAUAGGGUACAGAGCAGUCUGCCGGGUAUAGAUUCUCUAUAGGGUUUAGGUCAGGAGAGUUUGCUGGCCAAACAAGCACAGUGAUACUGUGGUUAUAAAACCAGAAAUUGGUACUUUUGGCAGAGUGGGCAGGUGGACUUGAUAUAACACAGUGGACCAACACUUGCAGAUGACGUAGCUCCUCUAACCAUCACUGACUGUGGAAACUUCACACUGGACCUCAAGCAACUUGGAUAGUGUGCCUCUCCACUCAUCCACCAGACUCUGGAACCUUGAUUUCCAAAUAAAACGCAUAAUUUAGCUUAAUCUGAAAACAGGACUUUGGACUAUUGAGCGACAGUCCAGUCCUUUUUCUCCAUAGCCCAGGUAAGACGCUUCUGAUGUUGUCUCUGGGUCAUGAGGGGCUUGAUACAAGGGAUGUGACAGUUGUAGCCCAUCUCCUGG